ACGAUGACACUGGCAGACUGGAUUAUAUGGAAACGAAAAAAAAAACUUAUUUAAUGAGUAAACAUCUAAAGUGGAGCAACUUUUUUCGAGGUUACCGUGUUGUUUUUUGUCCACGUCGUUCCCAUGGUAAUUUGAAUAACUGUUCCGAAAAUAAACAACGCCAAAAUUAGCGUUUAAAUUGAUUACCUUCUGCAUCAAUUAAGUGCGAUGCUUUGUUAUCGUACGCACAGCGUAGAAAAAAAUCGCACAUUUUUUUCACUCUCAAUUUGAUUGAAAAGAUGCCAGUCCUAGAUAGACGAAAUGAGUACACGCAUACAAAUCCAUAUUUAUGCACAAGCAAAAUAAUAUUGCUCGAAACCUGCUCUUUUGUUCUAUUUCAAUAUUUGAGUUUGUGAGCACAGAAAAGGAGACGAAAAAUGAUGAAGAAAAAACAAUGUGACGAAAUAAUAAUUGUUAUUCUCUUUGAGAGUAUAAAAGUAGAUCUCAAUCGAAGUUGUUCGCAAUCACAAAGUUUCAUUAGUGACAGAAAGUAACGACGACCACACGAAAAAAAAAAACAGACAAAUUGACAAAAUGUUCAAGAAGACGAUUUUAAUAUCAUUAAUUGCUUUAUCGCUUACUCUUCAUGUUGCCAAUGGCGCGGCCGUGCAGGUACAAUCAGCAGCUGAUCCACAGCCAAGAUCGUUUGAUGGCAGAGUUAAUAGUAUCUCGCCAUCGUAUAGUGCGGGAUCGAGCACCGGCCAAAAUAGUGCUGCUGUGAACCAACGCAACGGUUUUGAUUCACAAGCAUUACCACCAUUUUCACCAGGUUCCAGAUUACCAUCAUCAAACGUUGGUUUUUAUCCUAGCUAUUACACUUCACAGGCAUCGUAUGGUCAACCGCAACCCGCUCCAAUGUAUCAGCCAAGCAUGUUGAACCCGAGCGCAUACGGUGGAUUUGGUAAUAUUGGCUAUGCACCAAAUGCCAUAUCAAGUUAUGCUCACCCAGCCUAUUAUAACCAACCUGCUUAUGUUCAGCCUGUUUAUGAUCCUCGCUCCAUCGCUAACACAUAUGCCAAUAAUAUGCCAUCGCAAGCAUAUCAAGCACAACAACUUCAACAGCAACCACACUUCCCAUUCUAUAGAGGUGGAAUUGGUCAACGAUUGAAAUCGGAAGAACCGAAGAAACCAUCACAAUAAUCAGAUCCAUUUUAACGAACAAUUUGUCCAUCAAACACCUUAUUAUUUUUAGUUUGCAUCAUUUUUAUCGAUGGCAAUACAAAUAGCUGUAGUUUUAUUCAACACAAUAUGAAUAAACCGAAUAAAAACA